AACCCAAAUUGCCACAUUCUAAACCUGCUCUACUACCACUACGUGUUCAGCUCUCCCUCUAUCUCUCCCUCCCUCCCUCCAAACCCCGAUUCCACCUCCGUUCUUCCUCCUCAUUUUCUUCGCAUUUCCAGUCACCACCGUUUUGCCCAUUUCCAUCAUCAAUUUCAUCAUGUGUGGAAUACUAGCAGUUCUGGGUUGCUCCGAUGAUUCCCAGACCAAAAGGGUUCGCGUCCUCGAGCUCUCCCGCAGGCUGAAGCACCGUGGGCCGGACUGGAGCGGGCUGUACCAGCACGGGGACUGUUUCCUGGCCCAUCAAAGGCUGGCCAUCAUCGACCCUGCUUCCGGCGACCAGCCUCUCUACAACGAGGACAAAGCCAUCGUCGUCACCGUUAACGGCGAAAUUUACAACCACGAGCAGCUGCGGAAUCGCCUGCCCAAUCACAAGUUCCGCACCGGCAGCGACUGCGACGUCAUCGCCCAUCUGUACGAGGAGUAUGGGGAAGAUUUCGUCGACAUGCUGGACGGGAUGUUCUCGUUCGUGCUAUUGGAUACUCGCGACAACAGCUUCAUCGUCGCUCGGGACGCCGUCGGCAUCACCUCCCUCUACAUCGGCUGGGGGCUCGACGGUUCGAUUUGGAUUUCAUCCGAACUCAAGGGUUUGAAUGAUGAUUGUGAGCAUUUCCAGUGUUUCCCUCCUGGGCAUCUCUACUCAAGCAAGAACGGCGGAUUCAGGCGCUGGUACAACCCGAUUUGGUUCUCCGAGGCCAUUCCUUCCUCUCCCUACGACCCACUUGCUCUCAGGCGCGCUUUUGAGAAUGCUGUGAUCAAGAGAUUGAUGACUGAUGUCCCUUUUGGUGUUCUUCUCUCCGGGGGACUGGAUUCCUCCCUGGUUGCUUCCAUCACAGCUAGGCACUUGGCUGGAACUAAAGCAGCAAAACAAUGGGGUUCCCAGCUUCAUUCCUUCUGUGUUGGUCUUGAGGGUUCCCCUGACUUGAAGGCUGCAAGAGAAGUUGCAGACUAUCUGGGAACCGUGCACCAUGAGUUCCACUUUACGGUUCAGGAUGGGAUCGAUGCGAUUGAAGAUGUGAUCUAUCACAUCGAGACGUACGAUGUCACGACUAUCCGAGCAAGUACUCCCAUGUUCCUGAUGUCCAGGAAGAUUAAGGCUUUGGGAGUGAAGAUGGUGAUCUCUGGUGAGGGCUCUGAUGAAAUUUUUGGUGGGUAUCUCUACUUCCACAAGGCUCCUAAUAAGGAGGAGUUUCAUCGCGAGACAUGUCACAAGAUCAAAGCACUUCAUCAGUAUGAUUGUUUGAGAGCCAACAAAUCUACAUCUGCUUGGGGGUUGGAAGCUCGUGUCCCGUUCUUGGACAAGGACUUCAUCAAUGUUGCCAUGGCUAUCGACCCUCAGUGGAAGAUGAUUAGGCCGGAGGAAGGAAGGAUUGAGAAAUGGGUUCUUAGGAAAGCCUUCGACGAUGAAGACCAUCCUUAUCUGCCUAAGCAUAUUCUAUACAGGCAGAAAGAGCAAUUCAGUGACGGUGUUGGCUAUAGCUGGAUUGAUGGCCUCAAAGCUCAUGCUGCUCUACAUGUGACGGAUAAAAUGAUGCAAAAUGCGGAAUUCAUCUUCCCACACAACACCCCAAACACCAAAGAAGCAUACUACUACAGAAUGAUCUUUGAGAGGUUCUUCCCUCAGAACUCUGCCAGUCUAACCGUUCCCGGAGGAGCCAGUGUGGCAUGCAGCACGGCCAAAGCUGUGGAAUGGGACGCUUCUUGGUCAAACAAUCUAGACCCCUCGGGUAGAGCUGCACUAGGAGUUCAUCUCUCAGCUUAUGCUGACACCGGCGGCAGUGCUGCUGCUCAGGCUGCCAAGGUGUCUUCUUCAAAGAUGAUCAACAACAACAACGUGCCGCCGCGGAUGAUGGAAGUGAGUGCCAAGGAGGUGGCGAUCCAUGGCUAAUAUCUACCAUAGGGUGGCUAGGCAAACAAACCAGCUUACUGGUUCUGUUAUGCAUUGUGAAAAUCUGUAGUGAGAGAUGAUUGUAUGGCAUAGGUUUAUCUUAGCGUGCCCUCUAGAAUUGAAUCUGAUCCCAUAUGCUGUUAUUGGGAAUGUGUAUUUGUACUGUUGCCUCUUUGUUGGUUUUGUAUUAUAAGGUGUGUAAUCUGUCCGUCUGUUGUUCAAGAUCUGUUUGGAGUUCUGCAUAAGGUAAAUAUAUGCAGGAUUCGAUUUGUGUAUGUAGUAAAGCUUUGGUCAUGUUACCAUGUUUAUGCUCUUUCUGUUUGCUGAAAGAAAUUGACGAUUGCGCCAAAUGAGAAGCACAUGUGAUGAUGAGGUGUGUAUAGUUUGGGCAUGCAAUUGCCAACUUGCUGGCCUGCUGGAGGCUAUUGUGUGUACGUGGCGGGAAAGGAAGAAACCAACUCAAUCAUAAAACUCUGCUUACUACUGCUACGUGUUCAGCUCUCCUUCCCUCCAUCUCUCAGUAGUACGAGUCUCAGACUGCCACCAUCACCAUAGUUAACCCUUUCGAGCAUCCGAUCAUUCUUCCAGAGCAUUCCCUUCAGAAAGUAGUGAAGGAAAAAUAAGACGAAGAAAGGAGACAAUCAUGUGUGGGAUACUGGCGGUUUUGGGUUGCGGCGAUGAUUCCCCGGCCAAUAGAGUUCGGAUUCUGGAGCUCUCUCGCAGGCAAAUUUCAUUCAUUCCUGCAUUGCUCUUUAUUCCCUCUUUUUUCCGGCAGUGUAGGAAAGACGGCCUUAUAUCUAGGCCCUAGGGGUUAAACGUUAAUCGAUAAUGCGUUUAACAGUUAGCCGCCAAUCAAAAAAUUAUUAUUGAUAGGUGAUUUGUUAAGGCUCUGACUCUGUGAUUAACCGUCAGUCAUCGGUGCCAUUAGCUACUAUUAUUAUAGCGGUUAACCACCUACCCCGCUUGGAAGAGGAUGAGCCUGAGUUCAAGUCCUUAAGGCCUAAUCCUUAAAGGCGAAAUACACCUCAAUAACUAGGGUGGAAAUUGGGGUGGGUGUGGUUACCCGCCCCACAUUUUGCAGGUAACCACACCCACAAAUGUAGAAUUAUGCUAUCCACAACCCGCCCCGCAGUGGGUAGUGGAUAACCACAACCUGCAGCGAGUUGGUGCGGGUUGGUUGUGGAUAUCCACAAAAAUUUCACAUUAAAUAUAAUAAUAUGGUAAUUAAAUAGUGACGAUGUAUUUCUUCUCACACAAAAACAAAAACAUACAUAAUAGAAAGUUAAUAAAGUGUUAAAUAAAUUAUAAAUCUCGAAUACAAUAGGUUUGUUAGUGUAAAUUUAGAAGAGAUGGAUUUGGAAAGAGAUUUGAAGAUAACGCAGAGGCAGAGUGACCUGUUACCAGACAAACAUCGUUGCAUGUCACGGCUCCUCCGAUGGCAAUAACAGAAAAACACAAAAGUGACUCGAUAAGUGGAGGCGCCAGCUUUUAAUAAUUUGCUUAUUCUCCAUUCUCGAUUAUAGUCUUCUAUUGUUGGUAGUUGGUUGCAUGUUGUGUUCUUCGUGAAUUCGCGGAGAAAUGGAGAUUAUUUUGGGUAUCAGACUAAUGCCCCGUUCACUUGCCAUUUCGUUUUCUGUUUUUCAGUGCCACAACAUAAAUCAGGAAAUAUAAUUGCAAAAACGUGUUCACGUAAGAUGUUUUGUUUUCGUUUAAUAAGGGGAGUGGGCUCCAACGUGAGGCAGGCUGUCACGGCAGAUGGGCUGGUCUGGCUGGAGGGAGAGUGUCGACUAAGGCUAAUCACUCACUCGGAUUCCAAAUUUAUUAUCCAAUCCCAUUUUUUCCACCUAUUUCAUUUUCAAAAUCUAAAAGACAAAAGGAAAUGAAGGAUGCACAUUAAA